GGCUGCGGCGGCUGUGGGAGCUGCUUUGGGGUGUGGGGAGCAGCAGGAGCAGCAGCCGCAGCGGGAGGGAGGGGCUGCAGUGGCUCCCCGGGCCGAAGGCGGGAGGGCAGGUCGGCCUCUGCCCGGCAUGGUCUGCAGGGCUCGGUGAAGCAGAGCGGGGCUCACCUGGACCCCACAGCCGCCGCGAGAUGGGAAAAUAAAUCCGGCUUUAAGAAAUGUCACAUCAUAUCCAAGAGGAUAACAGCCCUUCAUGCUGAUAUAUUAAGAGCUGCAAGCAAAGUGCUCUGAUGCUACACCAGGACAUUGCUGAGAUCAACCUGUGAGAAGAAGCACCUUCUCCAUGACAACAUGUCAGCGAAAGAACAGAGCCCCCGCCACGGUGCAAAAUCCCGAAGUAUGCAGCGGGCCUCGACAAUUGAUGUCACUUCUGACAUGCUUGGUAUGUCUUUGGCGGGAAAUAUCCAAGAUCCAGAUGAGCCAAUUUUAGAAUUUAGUUUAGCUUGCAGUGAGCUGCUUACUCCGUCGCUAGAUAGAAAGCCAAAUAGUUUUGUAGCAGUGAGUGUAACCACACCUCCUCAGGCAUUCUGGACAAAACAUGCUCAGACAGAAAUUAUUGAGGGAACAAGCAAUCCAAUCUUUCUAAGCAGUAUUGCCUUUUUUCAAGACUCUCUUAUUAACCAGAUGACACAAAUAAAACUUUCUGUAUAUGAUGUUAAAGAUAGAUCUCAGGGAACUAUGUAUUUAUUGGUUUCUGUGAUGUUCACUGUAAAGGAGCUACUUCAGGAGAGGAACCAUCGGUUGCACUUAACACUAAGAUCUGCUGAAAGUGACCGCGUUGGCAACAUUACGGUGAUAGGAUGGCAGAUGGAAGAAAAAACGGACCAAAGGCCUCCAGUGACCAGGUCUCCUGACACUAUCAAUGGAAGGACUGUACUUCCAGUUGAUGAAAGUUUAACAGAAUCUUUAGGAAUAAGAUCCAAAUAUGCUUCAUUACGGAAAGAUGCACUGUUGAAAUCUGUGUUUGGAGGGGCCAUUUGUCGGAUGUAUCGUUUCCCUACCACUGACGGGAACCAUCUGAGGAUCUUGGAGCAAAUGGCAGAGAGUGUGCUGUCCCUGCACAUCCCCAGACAGUUUGUGAAGCUGCUGCUUGAAGAAGAUGCUGCAAGGGUUUGUGAGCUUGAAGAGCUGGGAGAGCUGUCUCCUUGUUGGGAAAGUCUUCGUCGGCAAAUAGUUACGCAGUACCAAACAAUUAUACUAACUUACCAGGAAAACCUCACAAAUCUGCAUCAGUACAAAGGUCCAUCAUUCAAAGCAAGCAGCUUGAAAGCUGACAAAAAGCUAGAAUUUGUUCCCACUAAUUUACAUAUUCAACGAAUGAGAGUCCAGGACGAUGCAGGAUCAGAUCAGAAUUAUGAUAUUGUAACUAUAGGAGCUUCGGCAGCCCACUGUCAAGGUUUUAAAUCCGGAGGUCUGCGGAAAAAGCUACAUAAAUUUGAAGACGCAAAGAAACAUCCCUCUCUACUGUCUUGUGGAAGCUCUCUACAUGCAAGCGGUGGAAUUAUCAGCUCUCUGUGGAGGCCAUUUGUCAACCUUUAUAGAGGUCAGAAUUCAAAGAACUGCUUUAGCACGUCAUCCAGCUCCCAGUCAAUAGUGUACAUACCACAGGAUAUUAUUCGAGCAAAGGAGAUCAUUGCACAGAUCAACACCCUGAAAACUCAAGUUAGUUACUAUGCAGAAAGACUCUCCAGAGCCGCCAAGGACAAAUCAUCCAAUGGGCUUGAAAGAACACUUGCCAUUCUGGCAGAUAAGACGCGGCAGCUUGUCACAGUCUGUGAUUGCAAACUCUUGGCAAAUUCAAUCCAUGCACUGAAUGCUGCUAGACCAGAUUAUAUAGCUUCAAAGGCCUCUCCAACCUCUACAGAAGAAGAACAAGUUGUAUUAAGGAAUGACCAGGACACUCUGGUGGCCAGAUGGACAGGAAGAAAUAGCCGAUCUUCUCUGCAGGUGGAUUGGCAUGAGGAAGAGUGGGAAAAGGUUUGGGUGAACGUUGACAAAAGUCUUGAGUGCAUCAUCCAGAGGGUGGACAAACUUCUCCAGAAAGAGCGUUUGCAUAGUGAUAGCAGUGAAGAUGUUUUCCAGUGUGAUGUCAGCUGUUCUAGCAAGAAAGGUAAACAGGAUACGCGAGUGUACUGGAUAAAGCCAAAGGCCUUAAAUGAGACCUCAUCUUCAUCAUUCCCACCAUCAUCUUCGUCACCCCCACCAUCAUCUUCAUCCAUAUCAUCCUCUGCAUGCCAUUGUCCCAGAGUUCCAAAUUGCAGUCCUACUCCUGAAGAGUCAAGCCCAGGUGAAUGGAGUGAGGCUCUUUACCCACUGCUGACAACGCUCACAGACUGUGUGGCCAUGAUGAGCGAUAAGGCAAAGAAAGCGAUGGUCUUUCUCUUGAUGCAGGAUAGCGCACCUACAAUAGCGCUUUGCUUGAGCCUUCAGUAUCGUCGGGAUGUUGUUUUUUGCCAAACCCUGACAGCCCUUAUUUGUGGCUUCAUUAUCAAGCUGAGGAACUGCCUGCAUGAUGACGGAUUCCUGAGACAGCUGUACACCAUUGGCCUGCUGGCACAGUUUGAAAGCCUUUUGAGCACUUACGGCGAAGAGCUGGCCAUGCUAGAAGACAUGAGUGUGGGGAUAAUGGACUUAAGGAAUGUAACAUUUAAAGUAACUCAGGCAACAUCAAAUGCGUCUGCUGACAUGCUGCCAGUCAUUACAGGAAAUCGUGAUGGGUUUAAUGUGAGAAUUCCAUUGCCGAGCACCUUAUUUGAUGCGCUGCCCCGUGAGAUUCAGAGUGGCAUGCUACUGAGAGUUCAGCCUGUACUCUUCAAUGUGGGGAUCAACGAACAACAAACCUUAGCAGAGAAGUUUGGGGACACCUCUUUACAAGAAAUGAUUAACAUGGAAAGUUUAGUGCGGUUGAAUUCCUAUUUUGAGCAGUUCAAAGAAGUUUUGCCUGAAGAUUGUCUACCUCGAUCUCGUAGUCAAACGUGCCUGCCUGAACUGCUGCGGUUUCUGGGACAGAAUGUACAUGCAAGGAAAAAUAAGAAUGUUGAUAUUCUUUGGCAAGCUGCUGAGAUUUGCCGCAGACUUAAUGGAGUUCGGUUUACAAGCUGUAAAAGUGCCAAGGAUAGGACUGCCAUGUCGGUGACUCUGGAGCAGUGUUUAAUAUUACAGCAUGAGCAUGGAAUGGCUCCUCAGGUCUUCACGCAGGCCCUGGAAUGCAUGCGGAGUGAGGGUUGUCGAAGAGAAAAUACAAUGAAGAAUGUUGGAUGUCGCAAGUAUGCAUUUAAUUCCCUGCAACUGAAGGCUUUCCCCAAGCAUUACAGGCCUCCCGAAGGAACUUAUGGAAAAGUUGAAUCAUAAGAUUACGGUGUCUUGUAAUCAGUCGUUCCGUUAAAACAUGUGGAUACACUCAACUUUAGUAUAUGAACUUUGACAAUAAAGUCAAAAAACAAUUUUUGUACGUUUCACUAGGUAACACUGAGCAUGUAAUUUUAUUAAAUUGGAUUCCCUAGGAAUAAUUCUGACCCCUUAUAACAUGAAAAUAUUGUGAUGACUAUCUGCUCAUACAACUGUCCAUCAGUUUAUGUAAGAUGCCUGAAUAUAAGAUAUCACUGAUUUCUUACCUAUAUGCCUAAAGAAGGGAGGUAACUCCAGACUGUCCAGGAUUUUAUGAAUGAUAUUUAGGCAGCUGUUUCACACAUCUUUUUAUACUGGUUUGAUUUGAGAUUUUCAUAAUACUUUUUAGAACCUCAGAAUUGUAAAUAGUAAACUAAAGGGUGCAAGGCAGUUUGGUAAGAGGCACUGUUACAGCAAAAGCUCUGCUUUUUAAAACUAGGGCUUAACAUGUUUUAAAGCCAGGAGCUUAACAUGUUUUAUUGUAUAUGGAACACUAUUAAUUUGUAAUAUACAGGCCCAGGAACUGACACAAGACCCAGUUGGUUCAGAAACUGGAUUGGGCCUGUGAUGCCUUCAAUCGACUUGAGAAAUGUUUACAGUUUUCAUUGUUGUUUAGCUGUCAAACCAACAUUUCAGCUAGUUUAAAAGGGAAAACCCUUUUGACCUGCAAGAAAGCUAUGCUGGUGAUUGCAGGACCCAGACAGAAAAAAAUAUGUGGGACAGGACUACAGCGAGGAAGGUAAUCAGGUGAGAUCCCUUUUGCACCAGUGGAAAAACUGGCAGGAUCCAUCCUAGCACUUACAAGGCACAGUCAAGAAAUAGUUGCAGAUCAGGUAGGAAAAUCCAAACUAAUCUGCCCUGUAAAGUACCAAUGGGGAUUUCAUAGGCUUGGUUACUUGUUUAUUUUGGAUCAUCUGUUGAUUCAGUCCCUAUUACUUUACACCCUUUUUUGUGUGCGUUAGGCAGGUUACUUCACACAACAAUGUUCAGUGGAAGCCAGCAUUUUGAAGCAGAUCUCUGAAUCUUCUCCCCUACCACCACAUUGCUCACUGCAGUACCUUAUGCAGGUUACUUGCACAGCUUAGGUGUUUCAUGCAAACAAGCCUUCUAUCAGAUACCUAAAGUGCUUGAUAGAUAGCAUUAGGGACAUCUAAGACACUGAGAUCAAGGGGGCCUUAGGUGUGCAUAAACCUGCAUAGGCAUCAGGUUGUGAUUUUCUCAUUUUCCCUUUCCCCUUACAUUUAGAUACCAUUAUUUUCAAAUAUAAAGGACUUUAUACUUCCAGAGCAUUAUGUACUACCGUGAUUCCCGUGGUUUUUAUGACUGUCUCCCUAAUUGUUGAGCGUGAUAUUUUGAAUAUUAGUCCUUCUCAGAGCUUUCUUUUUGUCAGUGCUCACUACUUCAAGGCAGUGGUGGUUUGUUUUUUCAUUAAUUUUGUUACAGCAUCAGUAGAAAGUGGGUUUCUUUAAUCUGUGGAUUAACAGUUGGUGUACUGACACCUAAGCAACUGUUAAAUGUAAAAUCCCAUUUUUCCAAAUCUCUUCUGAGAUCCAAUGCACAUAUUUGCUUUUGAGGUGACAACAUUUGUGCAUGGUGAUUUUAUUGCAUCAUUUUCAUGUGGGAGAGGGUUGUGUGAAAAGCCCCCAUGUGAUAAACUCAAGUCGGUUACCACUUUAUAUAGAGACGUGAAUUUACCCCCUUGUAGAUUGUUCCAGCACAAAAAUAAAUCUGUGAGUGCUGCACUGGAUGGUAAGAUGGUGCAAUAUAUUCCGCUGAUCACCCUAAUACACAUUCAGCAGUUCCUCCAGUAAAUAGUGUAUAUUUCAAAGCAUAAACUAAGCAUUGGUUUCUAAAUCAUAUCAUGUUUUAUCUUGGUUUAAUCUUGUGUAUGAUAUUCAAAGAUUUUCCUUUCACUUUAAGGCUGCAAUCCAAAACAAACUUUUAUAAGUACACUUAUUUAGAAUCAUGGGUCUUGUAAUGGAAAUGUGGUUCACUUUGCCUCAAGAAAACAGCUUCUUAUACGUGUGAUAUUUUCUAAGUGCGUUUUACUUCUUUCUGUUGGGGUUUUUUUUUUGCACUUUAAUUUCUUGCAGCUUUUGAUUAUUAAUUCUGUGCCGGUGGUAGCUGCUUUUCACUGUUUGCUGUUAGCAGUUCAAUGUCUUAGCUGCUCUGUAAACAUUCGAAUCCUGAUUUUGCUGAAUUUGGUUCUUUUACUGCUUUAGUCUUUCUUGCCAUUACAAAGGUAUAAUCCCAUGUAACCUGUUUAACCUCAGAUCUCUGCACCAUGUCAAAUGUUGUGGAAUAUGUUAAAAUUAUACUGUUGAGAAGUCUUACCGAUAUAGUAUACAAAGUGGUAUUUUUUUAUUUAUUCUGUUCCCCAACCUCUUAUUUUGAUAUAUUUUAAUCAUGUAUUUAAAAUACCUUCAGUUUUAAACUCUCAGAUGGAAGACCUGUACAGUUAUUAGUGAAGAUUUCAGUAAUUCUGAAGUAAGCAAGUCAGUGUUUAUGGUUGUAUAUACAGACAUAUACCUGUAUGACAUUUCUAAAUACAACACACCUGUCCUAUUUUGUCCACCUUUUACUGGCACAGCAACUCCUAUAGCUCUUUCCCAUUCUUGAGGUGUGCCAAUUCAUUUAUAUGGAAAGCAUAGCUCUGCAUAUACAAGGAGAUGCAUGCUGCACUGCUCUUUUCAUUGAACAAAUGUGAACCCCAUAUCACUGGAGGGCAGUUUGUGCAUCAAAGCACAAAAGGUGCUCUUACGUGGUACAUAUGUCAGCAGUAUAAAGUCUGCUAGCAAAGUUUUAGGCCAGAUGAGCAGCCUAUUUGUUUAGGAUCACUUUCAUUAAGACCCCUUAAAAAUGAGAUCAGCCUUUAUACUUGAAUUCACCUAUUAAAAAUUGCUUGUUUUACAAAACUACAUUCACAUUGGACUUUGCUAAGAGCCCUGUAGUAGUACUCAGAAUAAUUUCUAAACUCAUCAUGCGCAUUCAUUGCUCUCCCUUUUUAAAGUGGGAGAAUACCAGUUGCACUGUUGCAUUAGAUACAGGGAAGGGAUGCAAUAGUGCGAUCUCAAUCUUUCUGGUUGCAAUAAGUAGGAACAACCUUGUCCAGCUCGUCUUUUAUACAUACGAUAUGUCGUGCACGUAAAUAGGAUCCCACAAAGGGCCAGAGUGAGCAGAGCUUGAUCAAAAAUGGAAAACUGUGAAAUCACAAAUCCAUGUAGGAAACGUCAUAGUCUGGUUUUUUUUAAAAAAAAUAUUUUGUUUUGUUUUAUUUUUGCACAGGAAAGGCAUUCUUAAGGAUUACCAUGAUAUGAAGUUCUAGCUAAUGUUCUUUUUGAGUACCUUUUUUAAAAAAAACGAAGCAUACUUAAGAAGAAAACUGCUGCCAAGUUAUGUUCUGUGUAUAUUCUGUGAAUGCUCCCGCAGCACAGUCGCUUUUUGGGUUUCACCUAUGUAUGUAAAGCUAAUGUACAGCACUGUUUUGUCCCAACACAGUUGUACUUGCCAAGCUUUGUGCAUUGAAUUUUUUUUUUAAUUUAUUCAGUUGUUUGGGGGCAGUAUUAAUAUACCAUAAACAUAUGGUUACUGUUUUAUAUAGUCUUAAUUCAUCCAAUCCAUGUAUGCUGUAAAUGUGCUAGUCUUUAGGGAUUAAAAAAUAAAGAACUGACAAGAAUGCUGAGAUGACUAUUUUUUUUAAAUUAUUGUUAAAUGUGAUUUUCAAGGAUGUGCAUUUAAUUCUUUAUUUAACUAUACUUCAUCAUUUUUCCUUGGUAGAAACAGCUUUGAUGCCUUUACACUUUUGUUUAGUUCUUGUUUCAUGAUGCAGGUGAAGGCAUUCCUACUACUAUGUUUUCAAACAUGAUAAAGAAUAACUGCAUAUUGUUAGUGCUUAGUGAGUCCAUGCAAAAUGAGGAUUCAGUCAUAAUGUCUGAAGAUAUGGGGCUAUA